UGUGCGCGCCUUUCAGUUCCGGGUCGCUGAGCCGCCUGUCAGCAGCAGAAAGUUCCAGGUUGAUGUGUGUGUGCGGAGUGCUGCGAUGCCCCUCGAGGUGCGAUGGCCAUUCCCACAAUGCCCUGCUCUGGCGUGGAGGAUCUCCAGCUCUCUGAUCAUGGGCAUGGUCGGCUCCUACUCGUACUUCUGGACCAAGUACAUGAACUGUCUGACGGUCCAUAACCACGAGGUUCUGUUGGAUCUGGUGGACCAGCGGCCCGCCGACACGCCUCUCCUCACGCUGUCCAACCACCAGUCCUGUAUGGAUGACCCGCACAUCUGGGGUGUACUGAAGCUCCGACAGCUGUGGACCUUCAACAAGAUGCGCUGGACUCCAGCAGCUUCUGACAUCUGCUUCACCAAAGAGCUGCACUCGAGAUUCUUCAGCCGAGGGAAGUGUGUUCCCGUCUGCAGAGGAGACGGCGUUUACCAGAAGGGGAUGGAUUUUAUUUUGGAGAAACUGAACGGAGGAGAAUGGGUGCAUAUUUUUCCAGAAGGAAAAGUCAACAUGACCCAGGAAUGUAUUCGGUUAAAGUGGGGGAUUGGUCGGCUGUUAGCAGAGUGCUCCUUGGAUCCCAUCGUCCUGCCGCUCUGGCAUGUGGGGUUGGGGGACGUUCUGCCCAAUGAGAAGCCUUACGUUCCUCGAGCUGGAAAGAGAAUCACCGUCCUGGUGGGAAAACCGUUCACUGUGACCGAGCUCGUUGAAUCUCUCCGAGCCCAAAACAAGAGCCAGAUGGAGAUGAGGAAGACGUUGACUGAUUUGAUCCAGAGAGAGUUCUGGAACCUCAAAGUCCAGGCCGAGGCACUCCACGGCCAGAUCCAGACCAGAUCCUGAUCCAGACCAGAUCCUGAUACAGACCAGAUCCUGAUCCAGACCAGAUCCUGAUCCUGACUCCCAGCCGCCAUGCCUCACUGUAUAUAAUAUAUAAAUAUAUAUAUAUAUAUAUAUAUAUAUAUAUAAAUAAGACCGAUGAUCCUUUACCCUGACUGAGGUUAAUAUCUACACACACACACACACACACACACACACACACACACACACACACACACACACACACUUCCUGUUCUCCCUGGAGCUACCUUCCUCCACCCCGGGUCUUGAGUCUCCGAGUCAUCACGGUUUCUAACUGCUGCAUCGGUGGAAAAACAGGACGUUCUCUGUUAAUGUUUAAAAGCAGAACAGGAUAAACAGAUUAAAAUAAAGAUGGAUGGUUUGGUAACGUGCUGUCAAAGAUCUUGAAUGAUUUGUCUGGACAUGAAGUAUCAUUACUCAUAUGAGUGGCCAUCUGCAGGGCUGGGUGUCACUAGUGAUUUCCUGAAGGUCCUGAUUCUAUUACUCUUCUGAUUGGAUAUGAGUCAGGUUAGGGAAAUGUCAGUUCCAAUCCCAGUUUAUCUGGAUAUGAAGGAGAUUCUCAGACUUUAUUGAUCCCACACUGUUAGGAACACCUCAGACAGACCGCAGUCUCUGAUCUGCAAUAAUGUUUGCAUGUUAAUUCACCGUAACCAUGAUCUCUCUCUAACCUUACCAUUAUAACCCUGAAGGUUUCAGUCACCGUGGUUACCGGUGAGGACAGCGAGUACAGUUUAAUACUUCAUCAGGAAUACAACAGCAGAGAACCAGCUGUUUGUUUACACUGUCACAAAUUUACUCAGGUUGUUUUAUUAAAGAAAUCUUUCAGUAAUCAGUUUUCCAUCAUGCUUUGAGCUGUCUGAUUCCCCGUUGUAGGGCACGCUCUGUAUCGUUUAUAACUCUUACAGGACAUACUCUGUAAUGUUUAUAACUCUUACAGGACAUACUCUGUAAUGUUUAUAACUCUUACAGGACAUACUCUGUAAUGUUUAUAACUCUUACAGGACAUACUCUGUAAUGUUUAUAACUCUUACAGGACAUACUCUGUAAUGUUUAUAACUCUUACAGGACAUACUCUGUAAUGUUUAUAACUCUUACAGGACAUACUCUGUAAUGUUUAUAACUCUUACAGGACAUACUCUGUAAUGUUUAUAACUCUUACAGGACAUACUCUGUAAUGUUUAUAACUCUUACAGGACAUACUCUGUAAUGUUUAUAACUCUUACAGGACAUACUCUGUAAUGUUUAUAACUCUUACAGGACAUACUCUGUAAUGUUUAUAACUCUUACAGGACACUCUGUAAUGUUUGUAACUCUUACAGGACACUCUGUAAUGUUUAUAACUCUUACAGGACAUACUCUGUAUAUUUUAUUGUUUUGUUUUGUAGACACGUUGAUGAAUGAUCGCUGUCCUCGUUAUGGUUGAGUUUCCUCUGGCUGCUUCACAGUAAAAGCCUCCCUGAGAUUCUCCAGCUGAAGGCUUUUAUUGUGAAGCAGCAGCAGUAAGAAGUGAUAGCAUUAGCAUUAGCAUUAGCCUGAUCUGUGAUCCGUCUGCAGGAGAGAGAAGAGAGAGGCCGCAGACAGAGACGGCAGACUCCGCCCCUAACAGCAGAGAGUUACAGGAUGGAAACACAAGCAGAAGAAAUGUUUUGAACAUUUGAAGGAACUAAAGUGGUUUAGUUGCCAAACUGUACAAAACCUGUUUUUGAAUAUGAUCUGAACAUCUGCAGAGUCUUAGGGACUUUCUGGUCUGGUUCCAUCAACCUGUCUGGUUAAAUACUGAAGAUUAGUACUCAGUGUGCUCCUGUUAUUCAUAAUAAUAAUGAAUCAAAGCAUGUUAAAGUUCACAGCAAUGUUCAGAAACAGGCAUGCAGAGUAUAUGAUUGGUAGGAUAAUAUAAUGUUUGGUUUUAUUACGUAUGAAUGAGUCAUACUAACAUCUCUCUCUCUCUUUCUUAAACACUCUUGAAUUUCUCAGCUCUGUAGAAACUUUGUUUCCUGUGAACUCUUCAUCAGAUCCUUCGUUCCUUUGAAUGCUUCCUCUGCAGUCACAGAUAUAAAACAUGUUUUAUAUCUAUAAAACCUA